UUCUGGUGGGGGUAGUAGCUUAUCCGCGGCCAGUUAGAGGAGUCGUCAGCGCUCGUCUUUUCACGACACGUACCUACACCAGCUAUGUAGCUGAUGUGUGGUACACCAGCUAAUCCGCUUCCUAGUCGCAAAACUGUCCCCCUUCUCGUUCUCCCUCUUUCAUGGCAACCACCUUAUCCUUCACCGCCACCAUCCUCUUAUCCUACGCACUCAUCCUCGCUCUCCCUUCCUCACCUUCCAAUCUCUUCACCGAUGUCAUCUACCCAAACUUCACCGCUUCUCAUUUCCAUUUCAUCAAGAGUGCCGGCGCAUUUUUAGCUUCUCCCAACGGAACCUUCCAAGCCUCCAUCUCGAGCCCUUCUUCUCGAAAAUCCUCCUUCUAUCUUUCCAUCAUCCACGUGGGAUCUAACACCACCGUCUGGUCCGCCAAUAGUGACUCGCCAAUCUCAUCCACUGGACCGUUAAAUCUAACGGCCAAUGGCAUCACUCUCUAUCACAACAACGGAAGUCUCACCUGGUCGACUCCGCCGUUGAGAUCUGCUGUAACGGCGUUGAAGCUUCUAGAAAAUGGUAAUCUGGUGCUGCUGGAUCGAUAUGACGCUGUUCUCUGGCAGAGCUUUGAUCACCCGACGGACACGAUCUUGACCGGUCAAUCUCUCCGUGUAGGAACAAUGCUUGCCAGCGCCAUUUCGGAUUCAAACCUCUCUACUGGAGAUUAUCGGUUCUUUAUAACGAACAAUGACGCGGUGUUCCGUUGGAAAGACCAGCAUUACUGGUCGCUUUCCACAGACUCACAGGCUUUCAAGGAUUCCAACGCCGAUGUAUCAUAUAUGGGGAUAAACGGCUCCGGUCUCUAUCUAUUCAGCGACGACGGCACGGUGGUUUGGCAGGUGAUCUUGCGACUGCCAGAGUUGGGGAUGGCGAAGUUGGAUUCAAAAGGCCAGUUCAGCAUCUUCAGCUUCUCUGAUGGAGAGAAGAAGCUGGAAUUCGUUACGCCGUAUGACGACUGUCGACUCCCUCUCAUUUGCGGCCCACUUGGCUUUUGCACAAAUAUAUCUGUCUGCACCUGCCCAUCUGGUUUUCAUCACAUGAAUGACAGCGGUUGCUUUCCAGCCGAUGGUUCUGAUUUACCAUACUCUGCUUGUAAUUCAAAUUCUUCUUUGGGAUACUUAGGACUUGGCUACGGAAUUAAGUAUUCCAUAGAUAGAUUGUUGUGGCAGACUGUCAAUUCCUUGUUGGCUUGCCAGGAUCUCUGCUCCAAGAAUUGCUCAUGCUUGGGUUUCUUCUAUACUAAUUCCUCAUCUUCUUGCCAUUUUCUGAGAGGUGAAUUGGGGUCUCUCUAUGCCACGUCCGAUGAUGGUACUACUUCUGGCUACAUUAAGACGUUGGGACUCCUAUCACCUCCAAAUGCCAAUAGCGCUUAUAGAAAUUCAAGAAGAGAUUUUCCCAUUUUGGCUUUGAUCCUCAUACCUUGUGUCAGCGCCUUUCUAUUGGCAAUCCUCGUGGGAUUUGUUUGGUGGAGAAGAUUAAGAAAUUCGAAAACUCCAGUAGUGAAAUUAGGCCGGCAGAAUUCAUCUUUUAAAGAUCCAAUCUCAAUUCCGGGCUUGCCAGUGAAAUUCAAGUAUGAGGAGCUCGAGACUGCGACCGACCAUUUCACGACUCUGAUCGGCUCGGGAGGGUUUGGAGCAGUGUAUAAGGGCACUCUGCCUGAUAAAACCCUUGUGGCCGUGAAGAAGAUCAACAACGCCGGUGUCCAAGGCAAGAAAGAAUUCUAUACUGAGAUCGCGAUUAUCGGGAAAAUCCGCCAUGCCAACCUUGUAAAACUCAGAGGAUUUCAUGCCGAAGGGGGGCAGAGGUUCUUAGUGUUGGAGUACAUGAAUAGCGGGUCGCUGGACCGAUCCCUCUUUGGAGAGGGUCCUGUUUUGGAGUGGCAGCAGAGGAUGGACAUUGCGAUUGGGGUGGCCCGCGGACUUGAUUAUUUGCACCGCGGGUGUGAGCACAAGAUCAUACACCUGGAUAUCAAGCCUGAGAACAUUCUCUUACAUGACUACUCGCAGGUGAAGAUAUCGGAUUUUGGGCUUUCCAAGCUGAUGAGCUCCGAAAUUUCCAGUGUCUACACUACCAUGAGAGGUACCCGCGGGUACCUGGCACCGGAGUGGCUGACCCACUCUGCGAUCAACGACAAGAUCGACGUGUACAGUUACGGUAUGGUUUUGUUAGAGAUUGUACGAGGGAAGAGGAAUUGCUCCUUUGAGAGGCAGAAUAGCAACGGACGUUCGUCUUCGUCGGCAUGCUCGUCCUUUUACUUCCCAUUGUUUGCAUUGGAGAUGCACCAGCAACGUCAGUAUCUUGAGCUAGUGGACCCACGGCUGGAAGGCCAUGUGAUUGAUGAGGAUGUCGAGAAGCUAGUACGCAUUGCAUUGUGUUGUCUGCACAAGGAGCCAAAUCUGCGGCCUUGCAUGGCCGAUGUGGUGGCCAUGUUGGAAGGAAGGAGGCCUCUAUCCAAUCCAAGGGUUGAGUCCUUGAACUUCUUUCGGUUAUACGGGAGGCAGUCCGCCGAGUUGGAAAUGAUAGAGGAUGAUGUGUCUUUGCAUCCAAUCGCUGCGGCUUCAUCAGCAUCUCCGGCAAUGGGACCUUCACCUCUGUUCUACAUUUCUUCACAACAGCUUUCAGAGCCAAGAUAGCGAAUGUUAGUAUGUGGGAAUUAUGUAAUGAGCUUAGGGCUG